CACUGUUCCACCUUUGCGCCCAACCGAUCCGGGUGCCAUCGCAAGGGGUGCCACCCUCCCAAAGGCGAGCCGCGGCCGCCAUCGUCGCCAAGUCUCCAUUCCAACCAGCACGACCCGUUUUCAAGACCCUGAUGCGGAAACGCGCGGCGUCCGCCUACGCCUGUAGAGCCAAUCCAUGGCCGCCUCCAGCUCCAGGCACCACCAAUCAUCACAGGGUUUUCGCCGUCUAUCCCGCCAGUCGCCGGCCACAAAUGUGAGCAGCUAUCCGCGUGAACGCGGCCUAUACCCGAUCCAAAGGGCACAUAUGGCCGUCACCUGUGCUUGCAGCAUCCGAGUAGAUCGGUCUGUGGACGACUAUGUCCGAGAAAUCGGCGGAAUAGAAGGGCGUCUCGUCUCGAAACCAUCGUACAGCACUCGGGCUCUGGCUCCUUGGUACACGGCACCUGUGGGUGAUGGUCACACCGGCUCGCCUGUCAGAGCCAGCCUGUUCGGCCUUGCUACAGCACUCGCACCUGUCGCCAGUGUAUACCAGGAUCGUGAAAUAGCAUCUGAUCCCAGAUCUUGCCCGCUUCUGUCAUCGAAGUGGGACAAGAACCCUAACAGACGCCUUAUGAGUAGGUACUUGUACUCGUACCAGCCAUGACACUGAAUGGACAGGGCUUGCGGAUAAGUUGAUAGGCUCAUCAUCACCAGAGCCUGCCUGCCUGCUUGCACUUCCGUGCUCUCUAAUAGCGGUCCGCCACAAACGUCAGCUUGCUUACCAGCUACACGUGCCUGUGCAAAUACCACUUUUAGUCAGGCCCACCA